CUUCCCGGCGGUUGCCCCGGUAGCGCAGCGGCCAACGGCAGGCGCCGGCAGCGUUGGCGAAGCCGCCCUUCCCAGGCGGGCGCGGCACCGGCCUCGCAGGGCGGCGGAUGGCUUCUCGGGUCAGGAGGUCGGUCGGAGGCCAGAGGAGGAGGACCGGCCCGAAGCUCGAGCUCAGCGCGGCCCAGAAGCAGCAGAUGCGGGAAGCGUUCGACCUGCUGGACUCGGACGGCACCGGCACCAUCGGCGUGAAAGACCUGAAGGUGUGCAUACGAGCUCUGGGAUUUGAACCGUCAAAGGAAGAAAUCAAGAAAAUUGUGUUUGAUGUGGAUAAAGAAGGCCUGGGGAAAAUUGGCUUUGAUGCCUUUUACUCUGUGAUGACUCAGAAAAUGUCAGAAGUAGAUCCUAAGGAGGAGAUCUUGAAAGCCUUCAAGCUCUUUGAGGACCCGGAAAGUGGCAGAAUCUCCUUUAAAAAUCUCAAGCGCAUUGCCACUGAGAUUGGGGAGAACCUCACAGACGAGGAGCUGCAGGAGAUGAUCACCGAGGCUGAUCUCGACGGAGACGGGGAAGUCAGCGAGCAUGAAUUUGUGAAGAUGAUGAAGCGGCAUGAUUAUUAGGCUGCCCGCUUUCUCCUCCGUGCCUCACCAGCACGUCUCGCCCGCACACGCCGGCACCACGCUCGCCGCCCGGGGUGCCGAAGAGAGAGGCCGGCCCCUGUCGCGCCCAGGAAGGGAGAGGCAGCGGGGUUGCUCGUUCCCGGCUUGGAAGUCUGCGGUGGGACAUUAAACGGCGCGCUUGCGAGCUC